UUCAUCCACGUCUUACUUAUUUAAGUGUUUAUUUAGUUUCGUGACAGGAAGAACAGAAAAAAAGAUACUCUUUCCAGGCCAAGGGGAUAUUUUACAUCAGCACAGUCUUCCAAGAGAGUUCACUUUGAGGAAUCAGUGGUGGAACUUUUUCCUCUGUGUGUGUGUCAUUCCGCAAAUGAGUCAAUUUUGAGAUAACUUUCGGUUUAAUGACGUCAAAUCUAACGGAGACUGUCUAUCAGUAGAUUUUACAAACGCAGUCCCUCCUUGGUUCGUGCACUAAAAAUAAGAAGGUUCGUAUACAGAUUAAGUGAGAAAUAAAAAAGAGAGAGAAAAACAAGAAAAAGACCGGUUCCAUCAAGUGCAUACUAGUGCAGCAAAACAAAACUGUGUCACUCACAGCGGUCUUGUACUUUCAUAUCGCGUUGUUCAUAAUACCUGCAUUUCUCGGAGGUCAAGUGUAUAUCAGUUUGCAAGAAAUAUGACAACCUAACUGGGAGCUGACCGGCGCCCCAAGACCGCAUGUGCAAUGGUGAUACCCGCUACCCGUGAUGGCUGACGUGUACAUAAGCGAGCCAGCAGGUUCCCUCUCCCCCAUUGUGUCUCGCAAUGUUCCUGAGGGAGGAGGGAGCUCGACCAUCAUGUCAUCCUCUAACAGGCAGGGAAGGAGGAACAGAGUGAGGAAAGUAAAGGGAACGGGGGAAGAACCGGGAGGCGGUCGCGGCCCCAGCACAAGGGCGAACAGGGGGGGAGCAGAGUUGAGGAAAGGCAGAAGUGUAGGUUCCUCGGUGGACGAGAAGCCGCAGUUCAAAGACUAUCUCGCUCAGCAGAGACAGAGGCGGCUUCAGCGGCUCAAAGGCAAAGGUGGCAAACAAAAAGCAGAAAGGGGAGAGAAAAAGGAUAAUGCGAUGGAAGGUGAAGAAAAACUCACUCGGGGGGACUCGGCGGGCAGCAGUGGAAGUAAAGAUGAAGGGAUACAUAGCACAGGCGAGAAGGAGGAAGACGCCGAUAACGAAGAAAAUGAUGGAAGCCAGGAAACUGAAGAGGCGAACGAGGUGGACGACGACGAGGGGCGGGGAAGUAUAAAUGACGACAACGAGCUUCCAGCACUCCCGGUGGAGGAAGGGGAGGAGGCAGCCGCGGACAAUGCUGACGGCGCAGAAGAAGAGCAGCCCGACGACGAGGAUCAAGAAAAAACGUUCAGCCAGGAAUUCAGCCAAGAGGACGACGGAGGCUACACCGGAGGCAAUCAAGAUGUCCUGUCCGAUGUGUCUAACAGUUAUGGAGGCGUGGAGACCUUGAGGAUGGGGGAGGGUUUUCAAGGUAAAAGCCUUGAGGGCGAAGACGACGCCAACGGCUACCAUGGAGACAUGGACGAGCCAAGUUCUCUGGCUGCGAGUUUCCGAGACUCCCUGGGUCACUCGCGCGACGAAGGGCUCGGCACGACGGCGGAACUGUCGCUGCUCAGAGACAGUCUUGCGGACGCGCUGGCGGGCGCAGGGGAGGGAAAGGAGGGCGCCGCGAUGGACGAAGGGGAGGAGGAGGAGGAGGAGGCCCCGGCGGCCGAGGGUGAAGAAGCAGCCGUUGAAGAAGGCGAACUAGAGGCUGACGGAGAAAAAGAGGACACUGAGGAAGCUGACGAACAAGAAACACCAGAAGGUGCAGACGCAGCAGUUGCUGAGGGUGAGGAAGCAGCUGCUGAAGAAGGAGACGAGGACGAACCACCAGCGACUGAUAGUGAAGUAGAAACUGCUGAAGUUGAAGCAGAAACUGCUGACGGUGAAGAAGCAGCUGCUGAAGUUGAAGCAGAAACUGCUGACGGUGAAGAAGCAGCUGCUGAAGUUGAAGCAGAAACUGCUGAAGUUGAAGAAGCAACUGCUGAAGUUGAAGCAGAAACUGCUGAAGUUGAAGAAGCAGCUGCUGAAGUUGAAGCAGAAACUGCUGACGGUGAAGAAGCAGCUGCUGAGGUUGAAGCAGAAACUGCUGACGGUGAAGAAGCAGCUGCUGAGGUUGAAGCAGAAACUGCUGACGGUGAAGAAGCAGCUGCUGAAGUUGAAGCAGAAACUGCUGAAGUUGAAGAAGCAGCUGCUGAAGUUGAAGCAGAAACUGCUGAAGUUGAAGAAGCAACUGCUGAAGUUGAAGCAGAAACUGCUGAAGUUGAAGAAGCAGCUGCUGAAGUUGAAGCAGAAACUGCUGAAGUUGAAGAAGCAGCUGCUGAAGAUGAAGCAGAAACUGCUGACGGUGAAGAAGCAGCUGCUGAAGUUGAAGCAGAAACUGCUGACGGUGAAGAAGCAGCUGCUGAAGUUGAAGCAGAAACUGCUGACGGUGAAGAAGCAGCUGCUGAAGUUGAAGCAGAAACUGCUGACGGUGAAGAAGCAACUGCUGAAGUUGAAGCAGAAACUGCUGACGGUGAAGCACCCGCUGAAGGUGAUGCAGCAGAAACUACAGAAAGUGAAGAAGCAGCAACUGCUGAAGACGCCAGCGAGCCGAGCGACGAGGCCAAGGCUCCUGAGGGUGAAGGGGGAAAGGCAGAAGAGGAGAUCGAAGAAGUCCCGGCCCUCGCGAAGAUGGCCGGCCGCUUCCAGGUCCGGAAGGUCUCGAGGGGCGGCCAGUCCGUGCCCUCGACGGCUAAACGGGCUCCCUCGAAGCCGCCUUUGGACCUGAGCAGAGUGGCAGCCAACAGGAAACCCAUCUCGUGGCGACCGACGCCGGUGCAGACAUCAGCGCGCCCCGAAAACGCCAAGCCGAGAAACAGGGUUCCCGUCAGGAGGUUCCGCCCGAAGAAAGUAGUGGAGAAGGGCAAAGACGAGGCGGCGCCGAAAGAGGAACCGCCUGCUAUAGUCGAGACGGCAGCAGAACCCGAGCAGCAGGAAGAGACGACGUCGCAGGUGAGCCAGGAAUGGCAAGGCAGCCAGGCCUCCUUGGCCACCCUCGACCUCCCGCCCGUCAACGUGAGUCUCGACGGAGACUCAGACAGAGGGGCGUUCGACACUCACAGGUCUAUCGGGAUGGAGUCCAUGCCGGAGACUCGACAGAAGGACGGCUUUCAUUCCCUGGACCAUGACAGUGGCAGACCCAGGACCGCCGGCGCGAAGAACAAGUCCUCGAGGACGAGCACCCGCAGAAAACGGAUCGGCGGCAGGAAGUCCUCGAGCCUCAAGAAGUCCUCGGAGUCGAUUAACUCGGCUCCGGAGAUCACGGGCGGGAAAGUGCCAAGCACAAGCGAGGUGUGGGUCCCCGAGGAGAACAAGCUGUAUGUGUACACGUACAGCUCGCAGCCGAGGCUCCUCCACGUGCGCAAAAUGGCCGCUGGGAGGGUGGCCACCACCAGCCAGUACGACCAGGAUCCGAACUCUUCCUUUAGGCUAAAAAUAAGAGGCAAUGGCAACCCCAUGUACGAUCGCCGAGUUGUCAGAGGCUCCAAUUACGCCAAGCGAUCGGAUGGCGACAACGAGCACCCACUUGCCGAGAGCGCGGGACCCAUGCAGCUCCGUCGGCAGGAAUUCCGUCAGAAGCUGGAGGCGCGGGCCCGGAUGAGGCGAGAGAACCACGGCAUGUCCUCGCUCUACCCCUCGACCACGGGGCCCUACGCGCCCAGGAGCUACGCCCGCUCGCACGCCGUCUGCCAGACCGAGAAUGUCUACGAGCCGCUGGAACGCCCCCCGGAGACCGAGGCGGGCGUGCAGACAGACCCCUGGACGGAGAGCGGUUCGCCUCCGCCAAUCAUCGCCCAGAAUCCGAGCGGAGUCGACGCCGCCACGCAAGUUUUCGACACCGAGCUCGACGCAGACGACGAAGACGGAGCUGUCGUGGCGGCGCUGGUGGGCAGGACGAUGAAGGAGGCGAUCUUGGAGGUGGCCCUCGAGGAGCAGGCCGAGGAGGAGAGGAUCAGCAGAUUGACUUCGGAGGCCCUCUCGUCCUUCAAGAAUGGUAGCAACGACCAGUUCAAUGAGGAACUGGGAGGCGACGACGAGGACCAGGAGGGCACCACGGAGGAGAGGUCGGAUCCUGAGGGCAAGGAAACCACCCCCGAGGGCACGGACGAGGCCCCGAGGUCGCCGGAGGUGCCUUCGCCCACGCUCGAGAAGGACGUCGGAAUGCAGGACCAAGAAUACCACGAGUCUCUUACAGCCUAAGAGACCAUGUGGCGGAACCUCCACCUUCCUCUCCCUCUCCCUCUCCCUCUCUCUCUCUCUCUCUCUCUCUCUCUCUCUCUCUCUCUCUCUCUCUCUCUCUCUCUCUCUCUCUCUCUCUUUCUGCAGCAUUUUCACAGCUUCUCCCUUUCUCUCUCUUCAUCGCCGCCUCAACAUGGCUGGCACCGACCAAGCGCCGCCGUGCACCCCGCCGGCUCCGCACUGUCAAGUAGUCCGCAAAGUCGGAAGGAUUUUAGAUUUGAAACAAUUUUGUACUGCGCGACCCUGCCAUGGUUACCCUGCCGAAGCCAUACGUCAGGAUGCCGUUCCCUCACCGCCAGGAUUUCUCAUUGGUGUUUGAUAUUUUGCCAAUAUUUGGUAUCCGAGUCGACAGCAGUUACGACUCCUUCCUCUCCUAGACCCACGCAAUCUUCCCAUUUUUUCCCGCCCUUCAUAUUUAACGUUAAUUUCCCCCUUCCCUCCCCCUCAUGCUCAUCACUAUCUCACACAUGAACACUAUGAAAAUAUUACAAGGAAGAAAUAUAUGUAUUCAAGGCGAAAAAAAGAGAGAAAAUACCGCAACUAUACACAUGAACAAAAAAUGCUAGAAGUCACAUAUAUAGGUUAGUAUUAGUGAGUAUUAUGUAUAUAGUGGAUUUGUAACUAUCCAAUACAUAUAGGAAUAUAUACAUAUAUAUAUUUUGGUAAGGUGCCUAAAAAUGCCAAUACCGUAAAGGAGACUCCAAGAUGGCACUGUAGCCUUAAUAAUGAUUCUGUGUGGUGCCGUUCGGGAAAAAAAAGUUCAAUGAUAGUGAAAAUAAUAAUAAUAAUAAUGAGCACUCUGCCGCCAUGCCUUUCCCUACGUCUCUGAUCCUCCUCAUACUGGUUUGUUAAGCUUAUAUGUGAUAGGGGCAUUAAUAUGCUAAGGGACGACGGAAAAUGUGGAGAGAGUACGGAAAUAUGUGAUCACAUGCCCCUUAAGUAACACAUACUGAAAGUGGUUACGGAGCAGAAACUUAAAUGGAUAUUUUCCUUAAAAAAAAAGAUAAUAUGCAGUAACUAUGGUGACAAAAACACCGAUUUUCUUAGCGAGCGAGACAUUUUCUCAGUUUUUUUUAUUUCAAAUACAUUUAUUUAGUCUUUUUCACUUUGUUUUCUGAUUACUGUAGAGCAAGUUUUACAAAUAAAUCUUAUCAUUUUCACGAUGCCUUAUGGCGAUAAAGGACCAAUGGCUGAGAAAAUUAGUGUAAUUAUUUUAUCGAAAAAGGAAAGAUUUGUACCCUUGUAUAACGUACGAAUUUCACUUAUAUAUUUUUAUAACGGCAUCAGUUUAGCUGCAGAGUUCCAGUUUAGGACCAAAUUCGUCAGAAGAAUUUGCCACAAUGUACCACAGCAAUAAAAAAAAAAUUAGCUUUUACACACAUUAUCAAAUAAACCUCUUUUUUUUUUCUUAGUAAGAGUAUACAUACCCACCUUUUUUAUAUAAAUUUCUGUUAACUUACCAAUAAAGGGAGUACAUUCACACUAUCUCAUACUAAUAACUUUGAUGUUAGAAAUGUGUAGUUUUUUGUGGCUCUGGUGACGUACCUUGUGGCAAAUAUGUACUAUGCUUCUCUAUGCUCCUGUGAUAGUAUAUGAUACACCUUAAGAUCCCGUUUUUUAUUGAGAGCAGAAUACGUUUUCUUUGGCCAGUGUGGUGCGUUUUCUUUAAAUCGGAAAGGUAGUUUAAUCAAGUAAUCGAGGUGCGUUAGUUUUAUCACCCCGUAUGUGUUUCAUAAUGAACUAGUCCUCAUGGAAAUCUUUACAAUAUAAACUUCAUAUCUGAUGAUUGUUUCACACGAAAAAUUAUAUAUACAAAUGCAUAUAGAUAUACUAUUAUAUAACUUCAUAUUCAUGUGCACUUAUUAAAUGCCUUCAGAAUAUUACUGUGUGCUGUAGGUUGCUUUAACUGUAACAGGUACAAAGACAGCAAAACAGGAAGGGAAUGUCCUGUUUAGCACACAAGUCAUGCAGUGUACAAGACUAUGACAGUUUCUUAUAUUUUGAAGUGUUAUAAACAUGAUUUGUAUCGUGAUGAACUUGAUUCACUCUACAAGUUCAACCUGAAAACCCAAAGACUGUCGUUAAAAAAAGAAUAGAAAAAUAAAAAGCGAAACCGUUUUAGGCACAGCAUUUUGAGAAAGUGCAACAUACAAGGAUGUGCAUAUGCAUCAAAUAAGCCUAAAAUAUUUUUUAAAAAUGAAUAAAAAUCGGUAUUUAUUUCGUCAUGAAUGUUCCGUCCAUAAUUUGCACAUGAGAGAUCUACUCCCUACACUACCUUCUGUACUGCAAUGCAUUAUAAAAAAAAGAAAAAAAAAAACAUCUCUGUUAUAUAUACCAAAUUCAACUCGAGGGGAAAAGAAAAUUCAGCCACAAAUCUUUCAUGAGAGAACAUAUAUAUUUUUUGUUCGUUUGUAGAUUCAGAUCUUCACACGCACUGGAUGUUUAUAAACAAGAUGUAUUAUUUUUGUAUUCCUUAUUGAGGGAAUAGGACACUCUACUGUAUAUUGUAUUCGCUCUGUCGAGGUUCCACAAUAAAUAUAACCAUCAUGAAA